CAACUUCUAGAUCCAUCCUUUUUCAGAACCCUCUAGACCGUUGCUACUAGUAUUUCUCUCUAUUGCACUUCGUCACGUACACAUUCUCAUCUCAGAUCCACUUCUUACAGUCGCCGCCGUCCACUUCUUACAGUCGCCGCCGUCUUCAACUGCUUUCCGCCGCCACUUAAUAAACGUAGAAUGGCUCGAAUGGGAGAAGGAGACAAAAGAUGGAUCGUGGAGGACCGUCCAGACGGCACAAACGUCCACAACUGGCACUGGUCCGAAACCGAUUGUCUCGAAUGGUCUCGCAGUUUCUUCAACAAGCUACUCUCAAACCAAACACUCCUCAACGGCGAAGGCAAUCUCCAUAUCCGAACGAAAAAGCUCGAAAAACUCGAAGGAGAAGCGUACGUUAAUAUUCGAAAGGGAAAGAUAAUUCCAGGUUAUGAAUUAAGUCUAGUACUUUCAUGGGAAGGUGAAGCGAAAGACACUGACGGCACAAGUUUGUUGAAAACUGAAGGGACUGUCGAAAUCCCUUAUAUAUCCGACGAGAAUGCUGGUGAAAACCCUGAGGCUCGGGUUACAAUUAGGGAUGAGGGUCCCAUUGGGAAAAGAUUAAAAGAUGCUUUUAUUGCAAAAGGGAAGCCUUUUGUUUUCGAGCAAGUUCAGGUUUAUGUUAAUGCUAUGGCGAAAGGUGGUCCUGCUAAGGACGACCUCGAAUCGAAGAAAGUUGUAAGCAAAACCGCAGGUUCUGCCAAGGGGGCAGGUGCAGUUGAUAAGGAGAAAGUUGCAGUGAAAGAGGUUGUGAAGAAGGAGGAGAAGAAGAAGGAAGGGUUUAAGACGAUUGCAAUGACGGAGAAGUUCAAUUGCAGAGCGAAGGAUUUGUUUGAGAUUUUGAUGGAUGAGAGGAGAUGGAAGGGCUUUUCACGGAGCGAUGCGAGGAUUAGUAAAGAGGUAGGGGGUGAAUUUAGUAUAUUUAAUGGGUCAGUGACUGGGAAAAAUGUGGAAUUGCAGGAAGGGAAAUUGAUUGUGCAGAAUUGGCGGUUUGGUAGCUGGCCUGAUGGGAUUCAGUCCACGGUGCGAAUUGUUUUUGAUGAGCCUGAAUCUGGAGUUACAGUAGUCAAGCUUACACAUAGUAAUGUGCCAGAGGAAGACAGAUAUGGAAAUGCAACUGUUGUGGAGAAUACUGAGAGGGGAUGGCGAGAUCUUAUUUUCAACAAGAUACGUGCUGUUUUUGGCUUCGGAAUCUAAAUCUUCCCAAGUGUGUAGAAUUUUAUAAUUAAUGUUAUACUUGAUGAUUGUUUGAGAUUAUUGGGUAACUAAGCCCAAUUUUUCUGGGCAUUAUAGACCUAAUAAUUCAUUCAACUGAGUUUCCUCUACGCUGAUUGUAUGUUACUGUUGAUUAAAGCUGCUGUCUAUCCAAUGAACAUGUUAAAUUUGCUUGAAAUGAGAUCUAUGCUUGGAGGUUGGUGUUAUAGUUCA